CGAACGCGAAGCCGAGUGAAGCCGAGCUGAGCGUCGCACAUCUGGUUCACCGAUAUAGCUUCACUGAUGAUCCCUCAGCCGGUGCGUCAGGUGCCCGAAGGCCAGUACACCGAGAAGAUCUACGGCCUCAUCCGGCAGCAAAAGUACGAUGACGUCAUCAAGAUCCUCUCGGCAGAGCUGCUCAACUUCCCCAACAGCCGGGCGGCCCUCUCGCUGCUGGCCUACUGCGCCUACCACAAGCAGGACUUCGACCUGGCGGCGCAGUACUACGCCCAGCUGUCGGGUUUGUUCCCUGAGGUCGACCAAUACAGAAUGUACCACGCACAGUCACUGCUCAAGGUGAGAAGAAAUACAAUCGAAGAAGGGCAUUGUUUGUCCCCCCUCAUGUGUGUUGUCUGUUGGGAUGUAGGCUGGUUUGCAUGACAACGCCUCGCAGGCGCUGAUGGCGUUGGAGUCGCCUCAGCUGGGCCACCAGGUGCUCUACCUGCAGGCCGUCAUCAAAUACGAACAGGUCCGCAGACACACACAGACACACAGAGGUGAGUGCCCCAAUGUCCGUGUGUGUAUGUGUGUGUGCAGGAGGAGUUGGGUCUUGCCAAGAGUCUGGUGGACCACACAGCGGCCCAGUCUGAGGGCGAGAGCGACCCCGAGUUGACGGUGUUGGCUGCGGCCAUCCUGUGGAAGGAAAAGAAAUACGAAGAGGCACGCAAGAUGUUCAGCGACGCUAUGAACACACUCGGGUAUCCACAUGAAGAUGGAUGGAUCAACACAUGAAGGGGGAGGGUGGGUGUUGUUCAUGGCUGUUGUGGUCUGUGUGUGUGCAGGUACCAGCCCGAGUUGGCCUACAACCUGGCUCUGUGUCACUAUUCCAUGAAGCAGUACGACCACGCCAGGAAGUUCUUAGCCGACAUCAUCGAAAGGGGUCAGUCAAACCACACACAAAUCCACACACAUACAUACUUAUGCCCCUCUCUCUCUGUGUGUGUGUCUUGUGUAUGUGUGUUGUGUGUGGCAGGUAUUCGUCACCACCCCGAGUUGGAGGUCGGCCGCAACAGGGAUGACGUGGAGGUCAGGUCGGUCGGCAACACCGCCGUCCUCAAAGAAACAUGUGUGGUGAGCCGCUCAAGACACCAUACCACCAGACGCACAACAUGCACACCACACACAAUGUAUGUGCAUCAGAUUGAGGCGCUCAACCUGACGGCGGCGAUAGAGUUCCUGGCGGGCAGUGGCGACAAGGCGCGGGAGGCGCUGCUGGACAUGCCGCCUAGGGCUGAGGAUGGUCGGUCACCAUUCACACCCACACACCCACACACACACACACACAUGCAUGCUGACACGUGUGGACUUCUGUGUGUAGAGUUGGAUCCCGUCAGUCUUCACAACCAGGCGUUGAUGAACAUGGACUCCAACCCCACAGGCGGGUUCAAGAAGCUCAACUUCCUCCUGCAGGUAUCCGGCCACACACGCGGCAGACGCACACACCUGAUCCAUCCGUCCAUUCUGGGUACGCACAUGGCCUCCCCUGUGUGUGUGCAGAAUCCCCCCUUCCCCCCAGAGACCUUUGUCAACCUCCUGCUGCUCUACUGCAAGUACGAUGAACCAACACGAGAUGAUGCGGCGGGCAGCGGACUGGACAGACAUGGCUGGUUGCAUGUCUGUUGGUCAGGCAUAGCUAUUUCGACCUCGCUGCCGACAUUCAAGUGAGCCACCAGAUGAACGACAGCAGGAAAUCAUCACGCACACAUACACAUCUCUCUCUAAUUGUGACCUCUUUAGGCUGAGAAUGCUCAUUUGACGUUCAAGUGUCUGGAGCAGGACGACUUCGACUUCCUCGACACGCUCAUACUCGUACGCAGCAGCCACCCACUCACCUUCCUGCGGCACGCCCGUGUGUGCGUGUGUCGCCCUCUCCAGGCCCAGACCGCCCCAGAGGAUGCGUACCGUCGCUUUGAUGAACUCGCCGCCAAACAUGUCGAGAACCUUCGUAAGAUCACCAAACUCCUCCAGGUCAGUCCGAUCGGUCCAGGGUGUGCGUGUAUUCGUUGCCCCAUUUGUGUGCUGUUGGUUGUGUGUCGGUGGUGUCAGGAUGCGCGUCGCAAUCGCGACAGCAGUGCGGUGAAGCAGCAGCUGGCUGACUUUGAGACGGCACUCAACAAAUACAUACCGGUGACAGACAUGAUGACACACACAGACACAGAGAGACGGUGUAUGUGGCAUACGCGUGUCUUCGUCAAUCAGGUGCUGAUGGGUCAGGCCAAGAUCUACUGGGACCUCGAGAACUACACUGCCGUCGAAAAGUACACACACACAUACGCGCGCGCACACGCAGAGAGAGGCAUUUGCCCCUCGCCACAGGCGCAUUGUUUUGUGUGUUGUGUGUCAAAUGCCUCCAAUUCUUGGUAGGUUGUUUCGGCAGUCGGCAGAGUUUUGCAACGACAGCGAGACCUGGAAACUCAAUGUGGCGCACGUCUUCUUCAUGCAGGUAGCUGCGCAUAUGCGCGCCGAGAGAAGCGGCCGGGCAGAUGCAUCAUGAUGUUCGUCUAUCUCCGUGUGUGUGUCAGGGUGACAAAUACAAGGAGUGCAUCCGCUACUACGAGCAGUUCGUCAAGAAACACGCCGGUGGGUGCAGUGACGCACUCAGACACAGAAGGGGACCGAGGGACCACACAGGCAUGUCUGUUGAUUGGUGUGUGGUUCUGGUGCAGACAACCUGCUGAAUGUGACGGCCAUUGUGUUGGCCAAUCUGUGUGUGGCGUACAUCAUGACAUCGCAAAACGAGGAGGCAGAGGAACUCAUGAGGUGAGGGUCCUGAACACCUGCCAGCCUGUCUACAGGAGUGCAUCUGACCUGAUGUAUUGUGUGUCGUUCAUAUGUGUGUGUGAGUGACAGGCAGAUAGAGAAGGAGGAGGAAAGGGUACAGCUGCAGGUGAACCGAGCAAAGCAGCUGCCUGACAGGCUACACAUUGUGUCGUGCUGUGUGUGCAGGACCCGAGCAGGCAGGUGUACCACCUGUGCAUCAUCAACCUGGUGAUCGGGACCCUCUACUGCGCCAAGGGCAACUAUGAGUUCGGCAUCUCGCGCAUCAUCAAGUCGCUGGAGCCCUACAACAAGAAACUAGGCGUUGACACAUGGUCACCACCCAACGGAGCCAGGCAACACGAACACACCUGUCGAUGAGAUGUGCUAUAUGCGUCCAUCCUUGUGGUGUCUCUGUGUGUCAUCUUGUGUCAGGUACUAUGCGAAGCGGUGCUUCCUGGCUCUCCUCGAGACUCUGGCCAAACACAUGAUCAUGCUCAGGGUGGCAAGAUGGACACACACUCGUACCGCAUCGCCACAGUGUGGCUAUAUGUAUUGUCUCGUUGGUCGUCAGGAUCAGAGUUUCCACGACAUCCUGACCUUCCUGGACGCCGCCGACCAGCACGGCGCCGACAUACUCACCACCAUCAAACCAUCCGACGCCGCGGUGAGUGAGAUUCUGCACCCACAUAGUGGCGAUAACUUCAAUGCGAUGACAUCGAGGGCGUGUCUGUCUGUCUGUCUGGGUGGGUGGGUGGGUGUCUGUCUGUCUGAUGGCUCAGGAGGGCGGCCUGCGUCGCGUGCCGACGGUGUCAUAUGAGGCGAGGCGGCUCAAGCAACUCGUGCUCAAGCUGCGUGACUGACUGGCCUGACGAUCGACCGUUGCAUAUCCUUCCACUCGUCCGCAUCUAAUGGCCCGCACUGUUGUA